AUGGGAAAGGAAAAUGACAGCUACCUACAGUCCUUCAUCCUGGUGGGUUUUUCUGAUCGGCCUAGACUGGAGAUAAUUCUCUUUGCUUUUAUAUUAGUCUUCUAUCUCCUGACACUGGUAGGUAACACUGCUAUUAUCCUUUUGUCGAUCAUGGAUGCCAGGCUACACACACCCAUGUAUUUCUUUCUUGGGAAUCUCUCUUUUUUGGACCUCUGCUUCACAACCAGCAUUGUCCCCCAGCUGCUAUGGAACCUUUGGGGCCCAGAGAAGACUAUCACCUAUCAUGGCUGUGUGGCUCAACUCUACAUCUAUAUGGUUUUGGGCUCAACUGAGUGUGUCCUCCUGGCUGUCAUGUCAUAUGAUCGUUAUGUGGCUGUCUGUCGACCCCUGCACUAUACAGUAGUCAUGCAUCCACGUCUCUGUCUGCAGCUGGUGACUGUUGCCUGGUGCUGUGGUUUUCUAAACUCUUUUGUUAUGUGUCCCCAGACAAUGCAACUGUCUCGGUGUGGGCGCCGCAGGGUGGACCACUUUCUGUGUGAGAUGCCUGCUCUUAUUGCCAUGUCCUGUGAAGACACCAUGCUUGUGGAAGCAUUUGCCUUUGCUCUGGGGGUUGCUCUUCUUCUGGUACCCCUUUCCCUGAUCCUCAUAUCCUAUGGCAUGAUUGCUGCCGCUGUACUGAGGAUCAAAUCUGCAUCAGGACGCAAAAAGGCCUUCAACACCUGUUCUUCUCAUCUAACAGUGGUCUCUCUCUUCUAUGGCACCAUCAUCUACAUGUACUUGCAGCCAGCCAACAGCUACUCUCAAGAUCAGGGCAAAUUUUUGACCCUGUUCUAUACCAUUGUAACUCCUAGUGUCAACCCUCUCAUCUAUACUCUGAGGAACAAAGAUGUGAAAGGGGCUGUGAAAAAGCUUCUAGGGAUGGAGAAAAGUGUUGGAGAAUCUUAA